UCCGCUAAAUGCUGGUCUGCCAGUCUGACAAAAAUCAGUCGCGAAACUAAUUAACACAACGGCAAGAAAAUGAUUGUUGGUUUUCUUGGUGCCGGCCGCAUUGCGCAGGCCAUGGCCAGAGGGUUCAUCGAAUCAGGUGUCUUUAAUGCCAGUAAAAUUAUGGCCAGCUGUCCUGUAGCAGACAAGCAUCUUCUAGAUGAAAUCAAGGGCCUGGGAUGCCAGACAACUCACGAGAACAAAGCCUUGGUAGAUGGUUCAGACAUUGUCAUCUUGGCCUUGAAGCCCGGAGUGGUUCCGAGCGUUCUGCAAGAAGUCUCCACGGGAGUUCAAAGCCGACACCUGGUUGUCUCUCUCGCCAUGGGAGUGACCAUCGGUGAAAUCGAAGGGAAACUUCCCAAGAGGUCACGGGUGAUCAGGGUCAUGCCCAACACGCCCUGCCUCGUCCGCGAGGGUGCCAGCGUCUUCGCCCGAGGCUCAACAGCCACGCAGUCAGACGGCGAGGAGGUCCGUCGUCUGCUCACAAGUGUGGGGCUUUGCGAGGAAGUUCCUGAAGCCAUGAUGGACGCCGUCACUGGACUCAGCGGCAGUGGACCAGCUUACGUGUACCUGGCGAUUGAGUCACUAGCUGACGGAGCUGUGAGGCAGGGCAUACCCAGAGACCUGUCUUAUCGACUGGCUGCACAAACAGUGCUGGGAGCCGCAAAGAUGGUACUUGCAACGGGAAGGCAUCCUGGGGCCCUGAAAGACGACGUGUGCUCGCCCGCCGGCACCACGGCCGAAGGCAUCUGCCAACUCGAGAGGAGUGGAUUUCGUUCGGCGCUCAUCGAAGCUGUUUCAGUGGCCACAGCAAAGGCGCGCCAAACCGGGACACUGAGGGAGGUCCAGAGAGCUGCCCACGAGUGAUGUGGCCAGUUUCAAGCAUUGCCACGAUGCAUUCCUUGCCAGCCGAAAACACUUCGGUGCUUUUAUCCUUAUCAGCUAGGGGUCAGUCAUGUCUCUUUAAUGUGGGCUUCCUUACAAGCGGAAAAUACUUUGGUGCUUCUAUCCUCGUCAGGGUCAUAGAUGUCUCGUUAAUAUAAAUCAGGGGUGGCCAAGCUGCGUCUCUUCGCGUGUUAAAGUGCUGCUCGCGGCUCCCUCACUACCCUGCCUCCCUCUCGGUCACACGAGCACUUCCCCAAAAAAAGAAAUAGAACGCAUUUCAAAUCAAGACAGGUUGCGGUUUGGUAGUCUUGUGCUGCUGCUACCUUGCAUACAGUUGGACUGCUUUUGACUAGGACUGAAAUAGUUUGAGUUUUGUGUAUUGCUCUAAACAAAAAUUUGCCCCCCCCCCCCCCCCCCCCACACACACACACACACACAUGCGGCUCUUGGAAGUUUCGUGGUUUUGUUUGCGGCUCUUAGGCCAGGUUAGCCUGGCCACCCCCGAUAUAAAUUACUAGCUUUCCCUCCCCUUCCCUCCCCCCCCCCCCCAAAAAAAAUACAUGUGCGUACCCAUUCUGUUUCCAAAAAUCUUUUUAUUACAUUUUAUAUAUAAUAUAAAAUUAUAUUUUAUAUUAUUAUUAAAGGGGUUCAUAUUCACCACACAAUACUGUAUCAUAAAUGAUGGCUGUUGCAACGAUGAAAUAAAAGACGACGAUAUGCGUCGCGUCGACUUUGGGGCAGCUCUAGUCCUGCAUGGUAUAUAGCAGAUAUACAAUAUCAAAAUAAGAAUUUGUGUGUCUAUUUUAAGUUUCAACCUUGUGGUGCCCUGGACUGGUUGAUCCAUCCCCCCAGUCACCAAUGGCUACAUAUUUUCGUGCAAUAAAGUGUUUAAAAAUAUUACUGGUGGCU